AUGAAGGCCAUCGCUCUCUCCGCAGCUGUCCUCGCGACCUCAGUCGUUGCCGCCAACAUCAGUUCUUGCGCUCAAACGUGUUACAACAAUGUCGUCGGUCUGGCUUCGUCUUUAGGAUGCGAAGCCAAUGAUUUGGCCUGUCUUUGCAAUGACAAGGACUUCGGUUACGGUAUCCAUGACUGCACUGUCGAGGCCUGUCCUGGUGACAAUGUACAAGACGUCCAGUCUUACGCUUCUUCCGUUUGUGCUUCUGCCACUGCAUCCUCUGGAUCUGGAUCCACCACCCAMCCCGCCACUACCACUGGAACUGGGAGCGAUACCUCGGGUACCGCUUCAGGCACUGGCACCAGCGCGACUGGGACAGGUGUCUCUUCUACUCCUUACUCUACAGAAGCUGUCUUGACGACCAUCACUUCCGAUUCUAGCACUAUCACCAGCACUGUUGGAAGCACCACCUUGUACAGCGACGUCUCUGCAACCAGUGCCACUUCUUCUCCGUAUUCUACAGAAGCUGUCUUGACCACCAUCACCUCCGAUUCUACCACUAUCACCAGCACUGUCGGAAGUACCACUUUGUAUAGCUCCGUCUCUGGAACAGGUGCCAGCGAAUCUGCCGCUUCAUCCAGCGCUUACACCACCGAAGCUGUAGAGACAACCAUCUCCUCUGGCUCUGAGGUAGCCACCAGCACGGUCGGCAGCACUACCCUUUACACCGCUGUUAGUGAAACAAGUGCUUCCACUACUGGAUCCGGCUCUAGCACUGGAACUGGCAGCGGCAGCUCAGCAACCUCCUCUGGUGCAUCAGGCGCAAGUGCCAGCAGCACAACAUCCCACGCCGCUGCAGCUGCUAUGGCCACUGUCGGCAGUGGUCUCGCCGGUGCAGUCGGUAUCGCUGCACUUCUCGCUCUCUAA